GGAUACGCAUCCGAUGUUUGCUAAACAGAUAGAUGGCUGCCCAGAGAAGUUAUUUGCGCCUAAUAUCCGCACAAAGCCAACAAAGAGAUCAUGGCGGCCGUGUUGCAGAGGCUCACAAAAUGAGUCAGUCUCUGCGAGGCUCACUGACUCGCAACACAUAGAUUUUUAAAUGACCAUGGAGGCUGGUGCAGACACACAGCAAAGUGGUGAAACAGCUGUCUCGGAGUCUGAGGCCCAGCAGAUCAGUCUGGCCCAGGUAAAUUUUGCGUCCAUAGCAGCUGCCCAGGUGUCGUCCAGCAGUCCCACAGUCACCUUAGUGCAGUUACCCAACGGUCAGACGGUCCAAGUGCACGGGGUGAUCCAAGCUGCCCAGCCCUCGGUCAUCCAGUCCCCACAGGUCCAGACUGUACAGAUUUCGACUGUUGCUGAGAGUGAGGACUCCCAGGAGUCUGUAGACAGCGUGACAGAUUCUCAGAAGAGGAGAGAGAUCCUGUCCAGACGACCUUCCUACAGGAAGAUCCUCAACGACUUAUCGUCAGACGUUCCAGCAGUGCCUCGAAUUGAGGAAGAGAAGUCCGAGGACGACACAGCCCCCGCCAUCACCACCGUCACCAUGCCCACUCCCAUCUAUCAGACCAGCAGCGGCCAAUACAUUGCCAUUACCCAGGGCGGGGCCAUCCAGCUGGCCAAUAACGGCACAGACGGAGUCCAGGGCCUGCAGACGCUCACCAUGGCCAACGCUGCUGGAGCCCAGUCUGGCGCCACCAUCCUGCAGUACGCUCAGACCAGCGACGGGCAGCAGAUCCUCGUGCCCAGCAACCAAGUGGUUGUACAAGCUGCCUCUGGUGACGUCCAGGCCUAUCAGAUCCGCACAGCACCCACCAGCGCCAUCACUCCCGGGGUCGUCAUGGCAACUUCACCUGCACUGGGCUCAGGUGGAGGCACUGAGGAGGUCACACGCAAAAGGGAAGUCCGGCUCAUGAAAAACAGGGAGGCGGCCCGCGAGUGUCGCAGGAAGAAGAAGGAGUACGUCAAGUGUCUGGAGAACCGCGUGGCCGUGCUGGAGAACCAGAACAAAACCCUCAUCGAGGAACUCAAAGCCCUCAAAGACUUGUACUGCCACAAAUCUGAGUAGAAACGUCACCGAGCGCCUGGCAGGGCCGACGCCGUCUGCCCCCCGUGUACAGAGACUCAGCACAGAGCCAUGCAUCUGGAUGCCACGCCCACCUUUUCUACUCUCGCUUUCUUUUUAAAAAAAAAACUGCUGAAAAAUCUGUAAAGUGACUAGACAGGAAUUUAAAGAAAAACAUACCGACUCCCACUUUCAAUUUGAAAUUCAGUUCCCAUCAGUUUCCCAUGAGAAGUGAGGCUGUGUCAGGACGGAUGUGUUGGAGGAGGCUACAACUCUACAGGGUCCUUUAGUGGUGAAGUGAUGGAACAGACUGUUCUUGUUUUGACGCCAUCCAUCGGGAAGCAUUCCAGUCACUGGUGCCUGGAUGAACCGGGCGACAUCACCAGCAACGGGGAACUGCUCGAUUCCCAUCACCACGACCGACGGAACUUUUUAAACCCCCCCUCCCUGCACCCCGAGACUCGCGGAUCACGAGGAGGUUACCUUCGUGUGCAACAUUUGUAACUGUAACUGCGCUCUCGCAUUAACAUCUGUUACUUACUAAUGCUUUGAACUGUAGAUGGGCUGUGUCAUGGACUUUUUAUCUUUUAGCUCUGUUUGGUUUACUAUGUAUUGGAUUAUCUGCUUGCAUAAUGCCAUUGACUUUUUUUUUUUUUCACUUUUUGGCCUUGAUAAGACAUGAACAAAAAAAGAGAAGCUAAUCCACUCUGUUGGGUUGUAAAAUGGUUGUCAUGUUAAAUGCAGCUUUAAGAAAAACACAUUAAUCGACUUGGUUAAACCUCUCAAGCGGAACAUUUCUGGUUACAGAACUCUUGAAGAGUUUAUUGGGUCUCUGGUGCAUGUUCCCAGUCAUAGUAGGAAGGCUCAUUGUUUUUGGUUUCUACCAGUGUUGAACCAAAACUACUGUUGUGGUGUAAAACUGUCGGCUUCAUGUGAUAAAAGGUGUUUGGAUUAGAUGCAGAUGAACAAAAACAAGGUAGUUAAACCAGUGUUUGCCCCUAAAAAUGCUAUUUUAAAAUGUUUUUUCUCUUAUUUUUGGAUUUUUAAACACAUUUUUAAAUUUGUUUUAUGAAUUCAUGGAUUCCUUUUUGAACAAAAAACCCAAAAAUAAUGAGCCUGGCUUGUUUUGCGAUGAAAAGAAAAAAACCCUGUCUGCAUAUUUCUGAACAGACUUUGGAGACGCCUCUCUGGAAUCGUGGAUUCCUCGCUGGUGUGUCACGCUGUUGUUGAACAUGUAUUUGUUACUGCUAAAGUUUGAAUUAUUUCUGUGUAAAAUAAGAGGGAAAAAAAGGAUGAUUCUUGCAGUCGGUACCAGGCGCCAGCAGAGCGCCGUCUCCAAACUCUGUUCACAAACAAAGUGGCAUGCGCACUUUUCCCUGCAUAUACAAUCCCACCACAUUUCACUUCAUUCAACAGGAAACUCUAAUAAGCGACACAACCUCCUGUACUUGAAAGCAACCCUGCUAAAGCAUUGAUUAUUUAGUGUCCACCAGUGUUUUGUUGCUUAUUGAUUAUCAAGGCAUCGUCAUGUAUUUAGUUGGACUUCAUCGGUUGUGUGGAGCGUCAAAUCUCACCACGUACGACUCGAGUGCACCAAUCAAACACGUGCGACCAAAUCCAACCAGACAAACGACUGACGAGAACAAAUCGGAUAUUUUUUAAGACAACGGAAUGCCAUAUUGUUGUAUUUUAGGUAAAAUGUAUCAUCAUGACAUAGUAUGCUUUUUUUUUAUGUUGCUUUUCAUUAAUUUUGUAUUCACAAUUUCUAAAUGUCAGCACCGACCUGUAUAAAACAGUGCAUUAUGUUAGAGCUAUUGAAAUAUUACAUUUUUGGCAGCUGUUAAUAAAUGUGUUUCUGGUAA